AGUUCGUUUGGCGGCGCGCCGCGCGGGGACUUCUGGGAGCGGCCAGCCUUGGCCAAUCAGGAAGCGGGGAAGAGCGGCGCGAGAAGCUGCUGCCGCGUACUCUAGCCGGUACCCGAGCGGUGGAGACAGCUGUUGUACAAGGAUCUGCAUCUCCAAUGGAUACUGAGGGGUUUGGUGAGCUCCUUCAGCAAGCUGAACAGCUUGCUGCUGAGACUGAGGGCAUCUCAGAGCUUCCCCAUGUGGAACGGAACUUACAGGAGAUCCAGCAGGCGGGUGAGCGCCUGCGUUCCCGUACGCUCACACGCACGUCCCAGGAGACGGCAGAUGUCAAGGCGUCUGUUCUCCUCGGGUCUCGGGGACUUGACAUAUCCCACAUCUCCCAGCGACUUGAGAGUCUGAGUGCAGCCACCACCUUUGAGCCUCUCGAGCCUGUGAAGGACACAGACAUUCAGGGCUUCCUAAAGAAUGAGAAGGACAAUGCCCUGCUGUCUGCCAUUGAAGAGUCCCGGAAGAGGACCUUCGGCAUGGCUGAGGAGUACCAUCGAGAGUCAAUGUUGGUUGAAUGGGAACAAGUGAAACAGCGAAUUCUGCACACACUGCUGGCGUCAGGAGAAGACGCCCUUGACUUUACUCAAGAAAGCGAGCCAAGCUACAUCAGUGAUGUGGGACCCCCUGGUCGAAGCUCUCUGGAUAGCAUCGAGAUGGCCUAUGCCCGGCAGAUUUAUAUCUAUAAUGAGAAGAUUGUAAAUGGACACCUGCAGCCUAACCUGGUGGACCUUUGUGCUUCUGUUGCGGAGCUGGAUGAUAAGGUAGCACCUGGAGCUAAGUCAAGUAGAAACUGGGGUCCAGUGUUCCCAUGGGGUUACUGUAUUUCGUUUGAAGUCGUUAGGCUUUUACUCCCCACUCAGCAGUUUCCCUCCUUACACAAUCUAAUGAGCUCCUUAAUGAGAGCUGAAUUGUCAAGGCCCUGCCCUUCCAGCUGUAGUCUAAUGUCAUGGAUAUGGGCAUAUAGGUGUGUAAUAAAUGUUUUCAGUCUUCCUUGUUUUUUUCUUUUAUUUUUUUUCAGUUAUAAGAAUUACACCCUUGUGACUGUCUUUGGAAAUUUGCAUCAGGCCCAACUGGGUGGGGUGCCUGGGACUUAUCAGUUGGUUCGAAGUUUCCUGAACAUUAAACUUCCAGCUCCCUUGCCUGGGCUACAGGAUGGAGAGGUGGAAGGCCAUCCUGUGUGGGCACUGAUUUACUACUGCAUGCGCUGUGGAGACCUGCUUGCUGCUUCACAGGUAGUUAAUCGAGCCCAGCACCAGCUGGGAGAGUUUAAAACCUGGUUCCAGGAGUACAUGAACAGCAAGGACAGAAGAUUGUCCCCAGCUACAGAAAACAAGCUCCGGCUGCAUUACCGCAGGGCUCUCAGGAACAAUACCGAUCCCUACAAGCGGGCUGUGUACUGCAUUAUUGGCAGAUGUGAUGUCACUGACAACCAGAGUGAAGUGGCGGACAAAACUGAGGACUACCUGUGGCUGAAGUUGAACCAAGUGUGUUUUGACGACGAUGGCACCAGCUCCCCGCAAGACAGGCUCACUCUCUCACAGUUCCAGAAACAGUUGUUGGAAGACUAUGGUGAGUCGCACUUUACAGUGAACCAACAGCCGUUCCUCUACUUCCAAGUCCUAUUCCUGACAGCACAGUUUGAAGCUGCAAUUGCCUUUCUUUUCCGCAUGGAGCGGCUGCGCUGCCAUGCUGUCCAUGUGGCACUUGUGCUGUUUGAGCUGAAGUUGCUUUUAAAGUCAUCCGGACAGAGUGCUCAGCUCCUCAGCCACGAGCCUGGUGACCCUCCUUGCAUGCGGCGGCUGAACUUUGUGCGGCUCCUCAUGCUCUACACCCGGAAGUUUGAGUCCACGGACCCAAGGGAGGCCCUUCAGUACUUCUAUUUCCUCAGAGAUGAAAAAGAUAGUCAAGGAGAAAACAUGUUUCUGCGCUGUGUGAGUGAGCUUGUGAUUGAAAGCCGAGAGUUCGAUAUGAUUCUUGGGAAACUAGAGAAUGACGGAAGUAGAAAGCCUGGAGUCAUAGAUAAAUUUACUAGUGACACAAAGCCUAUUAUCAACAAAGUUGCUUCCGUGGCAGAAAAUAAGGGACUAUUUGAAGAGGCAGCAAAGCUGUAUGACCUUGCCAAGAAUGCCGACAAGGUACUGGAGCUGAUGAACAAACUGCUGAGCCCUGUCGUCCCCCAGAUCAGUGCCCCGCAGUCCAACAAGGAGAGGCUGAAGAACAUGGCGCUCUCCAUUGCCGAACGGUAUAGGGCUCAAGGAAUAAGCGCAAAUAAAUUUGUGGACUCUACGUUCUAUCUUCUUUUGGACUUGAUCACCUUUUUUGACGAGUAUCAUAGUGGCCAUAUUGAUAGAGCUUUUGAUAUAAUUGAACGCUUGAAGCUGGUGCCUCUGAAUCAGGAAAGUGUGGAAGAGAGAGUGGCUGCCUUCAGAAAUUUUAGCGAUGAAAUCAGGCACAACCUCUCAGAAGUGCUUCUUGCCACCAUGAACAUCUUGUUCACACAGUUUAAGAGACUCAAGGGGACAAGUCCAUCCUCGUCAUCCAGGCCCCAGCGAGUCAUUGAGGACCGCGACUCUCAACUCCGCAGUCAAGCCCGAACCCUGAUUACCUUUGCUGGAAUGAUACCCUACCGAACGUCUGGGGACACCAAUGCAAGGCUGGUGCAGAUGGAGGUCCUCAUGAAUUAAGUGCCAUGCUUUGCGGGCUUCUGGGUCUGCACACUGUCAGUACAUCAGGCACAUGGGCCCACUAGGGUGGGGUUUCUGGUUUUGUUUCUGUUGUGUUUUGGUUUGGUUUCUGUAUUAUGUAUUUUUGUCAACACCAAUAAAUUUCUUUGAUUUGUAUUUCUUUUCAACAUU